CAAGUAGCCGCUAGCAACCGCCGGCGAGCGGCAAAGAAAACAUUCUUGCCUAAAGCUUGUAAUUAUCCUGGGGAUGGAUUGUCCUCAGGGCGCACAGGAGCUCUCAAACUAGCUUAGAUGAAAAGUCUAGAGCAGCAACAUUCGCGCAGAUUUUGUCAUUUCGCGAGGAGCUCCGAAAGGUGUGGAAUAUUUGCCAGUUUCACAGGUCUGUCGCGUGAUGGAAGCGACGACAUAAAGUAGGGACACAACAACACCACAACAGAAAAGAAAUCCCCGCGUCCCACCGUAUAAUACGGCACUUCCUCUCCUCGUCCAUCCUCUUGAUCCCACAACUCCCCUCGACUUACGUUACGCUGAUGUCGUCUUUAACCGGAUCUGCAGAGCGUCCCGAGCGCAGCCGUAACGCUAAGGCUCAAGCGAGACAUCGAGCAAAACGAAAGGCGUACAUCGAGCAGCUCGAGCAGACCGUUACGAAGCUCCAGACCGCGCUUGGCGCCUCUGGAGACCAACUGACUGCCAUACCCCCACCGCUUGCCCGGAUUCGUGACCUCGAGCAAGAGAAUGAUCGGCUUCUGAAGGAAAAUGAGGCGCUCCAUCGGAUGCUCCAGGAGGCCAACGGGGGACGUCCAAUCUCGAUGGAACUUGGGGCUAGGCGCGCGUCUCCUCUAGGCUCAUUCAACGACUCGCGGAACGCGUGCGAUCGCGACUACAAGCGGCGUAAAAUGGAAACUAGCAACGUCGACGACUAUAUCCUUAAUUCGUAUGGCACCCACUCGCGCGCGCACUCGCACUCCCCGCCGUCGAUCGGACUUUCUCGACACAGUCCGAGCAGCUCCUCUCAUACCCCCGAUCCCCACUCUCGUCCUCCACCUCUCUCCAUCCCCCAUCACUUUCACCAUGGGCCGACAAACCAUGGUCCGGCUUCUGCCCCUCCUCCCCUUUACGGACUUGGAGGGCCACCCCCAGCAUUUCAAAUGCCACACACACCGUCUGGGUCGAGUUCGACGUCCAGUCCUCCGUUUUCGCCCGCAACCAUGCACCCGACGGCCAACUCGCCUGUCGCCCAUAGACCUCCGCCCCACACACUAACGAGUUAUCCGUCGGCGAACGGGACCGGGGGUGCAGGAUAUGUGUCCGUGAAAGCGGAGGACGAUUAUCCGCCUCCGAGUCACCAUUCGGGUCACUUCAGUGGGAGCCUGCCGUCCUUCGCACAAACGCUUCCCGAUCACGCGAUGGAAAACGGGUCAUCAUGGCACUACCAUCCCGAGCGCACUCAGCUGCAUCGGUAGACCCGAUCCUCCCUGCCCGCUCGCCAUCCCAUCGCUUUCCAUCUGCUAUCCCGUCUGCAUACAGUACUGUACUUAUCUGAUUUUAUGAAGUAUAUACUCCCAACUACAGUGUCGUGCGCCCGCUCGAGCAUAUAGAUCGUUGCCGAUACCCUCAAUUGAGCUGAACAGAGAAGAUGUCGGCAUCAGAGAUGUGAGGUCGCCGAUCUUACGUGACCUCGUGCACCCAAGUGACGGCACCCACGCUCGGUCACCGAGCCGCCCUCGGAUGCUGUGCUGCUGCCUGUCGGGCGCACGGGCCUCCGGUCCAGGAUCUCAAUGGCGCUUUGUCCGACGGACAAAGAAACAUUCCAUCAAUCCCCGCGGAAGCAAGAGCGUGUUUGUCCGCAGCUUUAGUGGCGCAAGAAAGUUCUUUGUUCAGAAUUCUGUUAUGAAGCGCAAACUCGGUGUACAUCCACGAACGCUCACUGUAUAAACUUCUCUUCCAGAUAUAUCGUGACAGCCCUCUCCUUCGAGGUCGCCGCUGCUUCGCACCAUCAGCGAGACGCAGUCUGAAUCUUCGCAUCGAAAUUGGCGAUCCCCAUGUUCCAGAUCCGAGACGGGUGUGGUGCCGAGGCUCUGUCGACAACCGGUAACGGUGGCUUCGAGCCCGCGAUUGCCCGGAAACAGGGUGGGCUUCGACGGACCAGCAUCUCCGUCGCUCGAUCGGCUCUACCGACCGCCGCCGCAAAGCGCCAUCACGAAUACGGGGAUAAAGGGAACAUCCGACACAAACUUCCUGGGCUAAAAAGUGCCAAAGAGCGGGUGUCUGAUGGAGGCCGGCCGAUCCGGACUAUGCUCGAGCAGGCUGGCACCGUGCUGAUUGGUGAGACUUUUGAUUUCCCCACUCUAUCAUGCGAGUGCGACGUUCUCAAAGGGUCGGCGAUCAAUCCCGGGAACGUGUGGAAUGUGCUGCAGACCGAGGAGGGCCAGUAUCAUUUGUGGGUGGCAGCCAAGGCAGCGGUCCAGAGGUCCGUUCGAGUUCCUGGUCUCGCCGAUCUCCGCGACAUGAUAGCAGCCGAACUAGGGGAAAGACUCUUUUGCAAAGCGCUAUGGACCGAUUAGUUAGUGCAGCUUCGAAUAACCACAAAUGGAGUUGACGCUUCUGGCCUAGAUCGUCGAGCUAGGGAUGGCCCAAAUCCAGCGAUCUGGAGGGACUCAUAUGACAUUCGUGGAUCCGCGUCUGAAAAACAAUGCGCCAGAGAUGGUUGCCAACGCCUGGCGGAUAGUAAACCGCUUUCGUCGGCUCGGCGUGAGAGAAACACAGGUCAUCAUCAGCAUCCCGGCAACAGAAGCCGGAAUCAAUGCUGCGAGGGCUCUCCAAGCAGCAGGCGUCAUCACGAAUCUGAUUCUUGUCUCGGGUCUAACGCAUGCGGCUGUCUGCGCCGAGACUGGCGCGGGGGCGAUAUCCAUUGCCGUGGGCACGUUCUUGAGAAGCCGAGCACAGAAACAGGCAGGAGUCGAGAGCAUCCAGGCUAUUUCAGAAUACUACCGGGUGAACAAAAUCAAGACGCGUAUUCUUGGGCGAGAUUUUCAGCGGCUCUCAGAAUUGGCCGAGUUGCCGGUCUUCGACGGAGUGUGUUUAUCCAGCAAGCAGCUCGAAGACACGCGGAGCUUCAAGGUUGAGUCGCGGAGCGAGUCGUUGGUACCCCUCCACGUAACCAGACGAGCGGAGCAGGCUCAGUAUCCUACGACGUUCCUGCAAGAAGAAUCUGGAUGUAUGCGGUUGAUGUCGGUCGCCACCCGCCAGAACAUUGCCACAGACAUGAACACCGCUUUGGGAGAAAUGGAAGAGCAGAUGGACGCCAUCCAGCAUAUGUUGCGGGCAGAGCUCAAGUGGCAGCUGGCUGUGCAGAAUUGGACGAUGGAGGAGUUGUACCGAUUUGGGGACAUGCUGUCGACGAGUUCUCGCGCAUCACAUCGAGAAGUGGUGUCCGGUCAGAGAUUGAUGGAGGGAGAGUAUUUUUGAGGUGCUGACCGUGGGCUAGGUACAAGUCCAAUGCUUGCGACGACGUCGGCGACGUUCAGAAAACCGCAUGGUAACUUACUUGAGCGUUUCCAACGGCGAUAUCCGACGUCCUUGCCACUGGUUGACAGCAACACAGCCACGAUCGCGAUCCAUCAAACGCGCUCACAUGAUCACGAACUGCCACACCCGCCUAUCUCCGUCAGUUUGAUUCUUGUCCGAAGACCUGUUACGACCUCCGAC